CCGUCUCUUUCAGCUCCAGUCCACAGCAAAGAUGUGUGACCAGACCUUCCUUGCAACUGUAUUUGGUCCAUGUGAUAAAUGCUCCAACCUGAAACCCCUCAGAGCAAUUUACAUCAAAUCAAGCCAACUCGACUACUGCUCACUAUGUGUGGAAAUGAUGGCAACCGAGGGGCUGCACGAGAACGAGACCCUGGCGUCGCUGAAGAGCGAGGCGGAGAGCCUGAAGGGCAAGCUGGAGGAGGAGCGGGCCAAGCUGCACGACGUGGAGCUUCAUCAGGUGGCAGACCGUGUGGAGGCAUUGGGUCAGUUUGUGAUGAAGACCAGAAGGACUCUGAAAGGCCAUGGUAACAAAGUCCUCUGCAUGGACUGGUGUAAAGACAAAAGACGAAUUGUGAGCUCUUCCCAGGAUGGGAAGGUGAUCGUGUGGGAUUCCUUUACUACCAAUAAGGAACAUGCAGUGACAAUGCCAUGUACAUGGGUGAUGGCGUGUGCAUAUGCCCCGUCUGGAUGUGCCAUUGCUUGUGGUGGCCUGGACAAUAAGUGCUCUGUGUAUCCACUGACAUUUGACAAAAAUGAAAAUAUGGCUGCAAAGAAGAAAUCAGUUGCAAUGCACACAAACUACCUGUCUGCCUGCAGCUUCACUAACUCGGACAUGCAGAUCCUGACAGCAAGUGGAGAUGGGACUUGUGCCCUUUGGGAUGUUGAGAGUGGACAGCUUCUGCAGAGUUUUCAUGGGCAUGGGGCAGAUGUUUUAUGUCUGGAUCUGGCUCCUUCUGAAACAGGAAAUACAUUUGUUUCUGGGGGGUGUGACAAGAAAGCAAUGGUUUGGGACAUGCGAUCUGGUCAGUGUAUCCAGUCCUUUGAAACCCAUGAAUCUGACAUCAACAGUGUCAGGUACUACCCUAGUGGAGAUGCUUUUGCCUCUGGUUCAGAUGAUGCCACAUGCCGUUUAUAUGACCUUCGUGCAGAUAGAGAAGUAGCAAUUUAUUCCAAAGAGAGCAUCAUUUUCGGCGCUUCUAGUGUGGACUUCUCUCUCAGUGGUCGUCUACUAUUUGCUGGUUACAAUGACUACACUAUAAACGUAUGGGAUGUUCUGAAAGGGUCUCGUGUAUCCAUCCUGUUUGGACAUGAAAAUCGAGUUAGUACCUUACGAGUUUCACCUGAUGGGACUGCAUUCUGCUCAGGAUCAUGGGAUCACACUCUAAGAAUCUGGGCUUAAUUUGUGAUGCUAUAUUCAAAUGCAAAUGAAGAUUCAUACCUUAAACUACAAGAAGGAAAUCUCAAUCUGGAAAUGUGAAAUGUUCUUUACUAACAUUUAGCAGUUCUGUUGGAGUUUACAUGAAUCAUUCGUGAGUUGCAGGAAAAAAAACAACAUACAACUUGAUAGCCAAGUAUUAAUUAAAUAAUUUGUUACAUUAUCAAAUGUUAUUAAAAACACAAAAGAACACGACUAGGGUAGACAGUGUAAUCUGCUUUAACACAUAGCAAGUAGUAAAAUAAAAUGUUUUUAAUUCUGUUUUUGAGACUACCUUCUUUUACUAGCAAUAGUUUAGAUAAUUCUAAAAACAGACUUUUUCUCUAAAGUUAUCUGUACAACAGAAUUUAGUAUUUCAGUGCACAUGAUGUAUUUAUUAUUUGCAUGAAUUGGAUUCCUUUUUAAAGUAACUUUGGGAGAAAAAUUACCAAUUUUAUUGGGGUAGAGUAUAAGACUUUUGAAACAUUCCACAGUAGUGCAUUGAAUUUUGAUGUUAAAAGUUAGAAAGAAAGCAGCUCUAAUAGUUUACUUUAUGUUGGAGUUAUAGAUGACUCAAGAGUGUUAAUAAUUAGGGGAGCAAAGAGACUAAUGAUGAUAGUAGUUGUCGUAUAAAGGUAUUUUUUGUAUUUAAAAACAGAUUCCUUUCAAACCCAGUUUUUUUCUACUGUCUUUUUAAAUAGAAUUAACUAUUUCAUCUCUGUGAUCUGAAUGUAAAGAACAUAAAUAUAUGCAUAAAGAUGAUAAGCUACAAAGAAAAUGGAUAUAAUCAUGAUUUACAUAAUCAUGAAGUAAUAUUUUAACUAGUAGUUUCUUAGAAAUUUUUUAUUGUAUCACUUGGUGAGUGAAUUUUCUGUUAAUUGAAGAGGCGUUACAUGCUAAGCACUAAUUAUAAAGAUAAUUUAAUCUUUUCCAAGUCAGUCAUCACCAUUCUGUGACCCUGAUUCUUACCUGUUUAGGCCAUUUUAUACUACUUGAGCAGUAUAAAGUGGCUUUUAAUCUAUUCCCACUAUUAGGCUUCUUUGCGAUACCAAAGCAGUGGAAUGUGGCCACAGUGUAAAUGAGAAUUGGACCUUCUGAGCCUACCUCUACAACCCUAUUCUGAUAAAGCUUCUAACAAAGCUAAUGGUGAUUGAUUAUAGGUUGACUGUAGGAGCACCCCUGCAUGGAGAAUGAGCAAAAAUGACUCUUUGGGGAAAUUGUUUGGUGGCAUUCCUACCUAUAUGUGCUGUGGGUAUGUACAGUGGUCAUGGUGGCCUCAAAUCAGACAAACCACUCAUCACAGUACUGAGCACUACCCUUCACAGGCCUGCAGAAGUUAUAUAAAAUGAAAUGGUAAGGCUAUGCCCAUAUUAAUUCAGUGCUUUAUAAGGAGCAUUUGUUCUGGUAAAACAGGGACAGGCUAGGGACAGAAAUUCAAAAAGCCUGAGCCUGAAUUGAUUCAAUCUUUGCAGUGCAAUUAGUCUAACCUGGCUAUGCUAAACUGGUUUGUAACCACAUAGACAUCCCAGAAAUGCAGGCACAUGCCUGCAGUGGCUCAGGCUAGAAGCGGGAAGUGGUGGGGGAUGUUAGAGCAGUCUUUCCUUCCCUUCCACAGCACUGAGCUGAGGGGGCAUGGCCAGGCCCAGCAAAAGGCUCUGAUUAGGGAGGGGUCCCCCUGCUCCCCUUGAGCAGCCCAGCAGGCAGUUGAUAACACAGUGUUUAUCACCCCUAACUCAGUGUUUAUCAGCUGCUUAAGAAAACAAAAAGCUUCUCUCCAUUAGUUCAAACUCUUCCUAAACACCUUUUUUCAUUGAAGGAACAAAGGGACAUUACCAGCUACCUGUUGAUUAGAUCCAGAAAGCCCUAAGUGGACACAGUACUGUCUCCUUUGUCUGGUCUCCCACAGCACAGACUGUAGCCAGCAUGUGGUCUGCGAGCUAAUGCUGAGGUGUCUGUGUAAGGCAGAGGGGAGGGGGGAUCCCUACUUAGCAGGAAAUGGUGAGGGGAGUAGGAGCAGGGGGAAGCCAGGCAGAUGCCUGCAGUCUCUGCCAGAGCUGCAGCCAGGGAGAAGAGGGGCAGGGCCAGCUCUGCUGUGGAGUAGAGAGCCCCACCCAGCCCAGAGAGAAUGCUGGGAUGCUGGGGGAGUCUGGUUUAACUUAAACCAGGAAGGGGUCUGGGACAGACAUCGCAUAAACUGGUUUGACCCAAAUCAGUUAAGUCUGAUACUGCAUUCAACCAAAUUUAUCUCAAACCACUUUCAGCCAUUUUGAAACUGGUUUAUGUGAACUGAACAUCUGUUCUGUUACAGGUUUAAACCAGUUUCUGAUCACUUAAACCGAUUUAUGUGUAAUGUCUGUCCCUAGCCAUGAAGUAAAAGACUAGAGAAUAAUGACAGUUGAAGCCAUAUAUUGAAAACUACUAAGGUAAAAAUGUGCCACCUGUGCUUGUGCCAAGUGGUACCUUGCUCCUAAAAUAGACCCAAUUAUGGAAAUACUUGAAAAGAAGGUGUUGUUCAAUAUGGUGUCUUCAAAAAGAUGGAAGGGGAAUUUUAUACUUGGGUUCAGCCAAGAAUAAACAAUUGUCUACUGGAAGUGGUAGGUCACACACAUUAAAAUGUCAGUAGUCUCACUCAAUUUAAAACUGUGAUUGUUUAAGUUAAAAGCAGAACAUUUGAGUUAGCAGCAGAGUCUCCUUGUUCAUAAAAAACAUCCAGUUCCAUUAAUGCAGAACUAAUUUAGGGCACUGAUACAUACUUUAACUUUACAUAGAAAAGAUCAACCUUCCCUGAUGAAAUAGUUGAUUUGUUUUCACUUGGAAAAGUCAACUCUGAUGCUUUGUAAUAUUUGUGGCAAAUUUAUUCCUGUAACAAAUUAGAUGCACUAUGGAAAUUGUAAUGUGUCAUAUAGAGCUUACUGUGCAAUACUGAGUCGCUACACUGUACACAUUUGGUUGAGAGAUUAAUAUUAAUGUUUAGAUAGUAUUUAUUGUUAGAAUAUUUGAUUUUGGACAUAUUACAUUGUGUUAAUACUUAUGAAUGGCCUAACUAUAAUAAAUUGUAUUUUACAUAUUGAGAA